UUGCGCUAAUGCAGUACACCUGAUGGCUGCACACUCCCUGUGCUCCAUCACGUCCUCUGAUCCGAGAGGCUUCACAUCAGACCUCCUACAGAACCGCUGCAGCUGCUGCAUUGAAGAUACUCUGUCAUGUGGAGCCAAGUUUGCAGCCAGUCCACCGGUGGGUUCACCAGUCACAGUGCGGUGACAUCAAAAAAUGCCGCUCUUCAGAUUCUGCCCUGCACAGUGUCUCAGCUUCUGUCCGCCUCUCAAGUCGACAAGGGAGCCUUCGCAAUCGGUGACUUGGAACUCAACCAGGUGUCUGUCGUCGGCGUCGUCCGAGAAUGUUCCCCCUUGGCGACCAGCGUCCGGUACUCUGUGGACGACAUGACCGGUCCCCCGUUAAAUGUGAAGCAGUGGGUGAACACCGAGGACGGCGCAAUUGUGGCCGUUGCUUCUCCGGGAUCGUACGUGAAGGUUACAGGAAACCCACGCAAUAUCAGAGGUCAAAGGUAUUUGAUGGCCAUGAAUAUCCGUUGCAUCGAGGACCUGAACGAGAUCACAUCCCACAUGUUGGAGGUGGUACAAGCCCAUAUGCAGCUUUCUGGAAAGGUGUACGACGUGAAUAUGAACACCGUCGCCUCAUGGUCUGGAAGUUCCGGCAGUGGACAUCCUAAAGGCGUCUUAAAGAAUGGUUUGUCUUCAAUCCAAGGUCAGGUGUUGUAUGAAAUCAGGAAGUCGUCCGACCGUGAUGUAGGCAUCAGUUACAUCGACCUGAAGACUCAGCUGCAUCAUCUCAGAGUGGCGGACAUCAGAUGAUGGCGAGCUUCCUGGGCCAAGACGAUGCCAAAGCAUGGUGCUUUCUCCACUGUACUUAAUUUUCAGGCCCGGGACAGUUUGUCUGCCCGAUGAAGACAUAAACUCUGAGAUUACUUUUAACCUUUUCCAGCCUCGUGGAAAUCAACAAUUCUUGAUCGUAAGUUGAUAUUUCAUUUGUUUUUUUUACAUAAACCAAUGUGGCUCUAACCCACACCUUGUAUUAUUCAUUGGACUUUUGUAAAUCUGACUCUUAUUAGUUUUUGUUGAUAUCGUCAGUCAAUGGGUGAAAUGUGUUUAAUCAUAGUUGUAACUUUGGUGAAGAUCUGACCACAUUUAAAACAAAUGCAGACCGUUGAACCCUAAAAGAAAAGGCUUCACUUACUUUGUCUUGCCACCUUUCAGUAUUCCGAGUCUCACAGUUGCCAAAUUAUUUUUAGCAUAAGAAAAGAAGCUGGUCUUUGGCUCUGGUGUUUCUUUUCCAGCACUCUGGACUUUCAUGGGACGAAUACUGAAACCACGCAAACCCCAGCAGGUUCCGUUGAGAAUCCGCCAUGAAGUUCUGGGUGUCUAGUUUCUUAGACAAAAUCAAACCCAGACCCAGAGUAGCUCUGCACCAGGGGAGCUGAAGAGCUGAAAGGCCUGCUGGGAUCGCCUGAAGAGGAGACGGAGCUCUCAAUCUUUUGUUUGCCAAAGUUUGCUCUCAGCAGGGUGUUAAAAAGUCUGGAUUCAAAAGGCAAUCCCUCCUUUUCAUAGCAAGAAGUCUGAAUGUGAGCGGCUCCAGAUGCAUUUGCAAAAGAAAAACUGCAUUUCUGGGGAUCUGACAAAGCCGAAGAUUGACAGCCGUAGACAUUAAUAAUUUAUAACUUGGGCCGGGUUUUCAUUGUUGAACACUAGGCGGCCGCCCCCAGGAAGCAAAAUCCAAAGUCUAACAAGCAAGAAUAAACAAGUUGGUUUAACAAAUCUUAAUGUGAUUCCAGACUUAUGUGAAAUCUGAAUAUUAUUUCAGAUUUUAUUAGUGUUUUUUUGAAUUUCAACGGUGUUGGUAAUAAUUGCCAAUCGGUGUGAUUGUGACAGUGAAUGAUUGUUUGUCUCUGUAUGUUGGCUCUGUGAUGGGCUGGCGACCAAAGCUGGCCCUCCACAAAAUGUCAAGGAAAUUGGUUGAGUAGUUUUUGAGUAAACACGUUAACCAAUGCCAGCUCGUUCUCUAGCUUGCUCACAAUGCUGUUCAAUCGAGACGUUGUCUCACUUUCACUCAUUUUGAACGGGUUUAUAAUCGUGCAGUGCUUUAUAUCAUCCACAUCUGAUUGAGCCUCCUCCCCAAAAAGCUAGUUUGGGCAGACUGUGGAGGCAUACAGAGAGAAAUAAUCUGAUUUAUCGUGAAACAAAUGAAAUCUAUCAUCUAUAAGUUAGUCCAAAAUUUUCAUAGUAUUGUAGACCUUUAUAUAUUUAUUUUUCUCCUGGAAUUAGAUUUUGGCUUGUCUAUUUUAGGCAGAAUAACGACAAUCUUUGUCCCUAAUUGGAUUUACACUGAGCAGUGCAAGAUGAAUAGUUUACUAUAAGCUAUGCUAACUGUUUAAUUUGUAUAUUUGUAGUCCUCCUUUACCUUUUCUCCUUUAUUUUACCUAGUUUGGCGGUUUCAUCAGAUAUCUUAUUGGAAUGUGUUGUGUGGAUUUACACUCGUAACACGGUAUAAACCCUGUCGGUCAGCUACUGUUGUUGCCGGGUUUUCCCAGAAAUUCAAUGUUAAAGGUUUUUGUGUUUCUUUCGUCAUCACCGACUCUUGUGUGAAGUAUUGUAUAUUUGGUUCCCACAUGAUUUACUCCCAGAAAUAGGAAGAAAAUGUCAGACACACCAGGAAGGGAACAGUAGAGGUGGCUGUAACGGAGCGUGACAAGGCCGUGAACUGCGGAUGAAGACUGACUUCAAAUGAACUCUGCAAAGAAACUGGUAUUGUGACAGUGAGAUAAAUGUUUUUCACCCCCCUUUUCUUUCUUCUUCUAUUUUUAUAACCAGAACGUGGCUCUCCAAGAAAGAGCCACUGUAAGAUAUUUAUAAACCCUCCGAGUGAGAGGGCUGUAAUUGAUAUGACUGCUAUUAGAAUACGUCUCUGCUUGAUAUUUUGUAUAAUAAACUAUAAUCCAUACCUCUCAUUCGCUGCGUGUGAAAUGAUGUGGAUGAGGAUUUGCAGGUCCCUGGAGGAAUCUCACGCUGAGCGUACUUUACUUUCAUGUAUUCACUUUUGUCUGCACGCUGCCGAGGGUGCCGUCUAUGGCAAUAAAAAAAGGGAGAAAAAAAACCCUUGAGAAUGCUAAUUAAGUUUUUUUUUUUUCAUUUUGCAAACUGAUAUUGAUAGCAUAUCUCUGUGAAUGUGUC